ACUCGCGCCAAAUUAGAAGACAGGACGAGAGUAUGUGUUGUGAUAUUUACCUGCUACGAUAGCAAGUUUCGUUUUCUGCACCAGCUUUUACAUGAGAAAAGGAAAAGAAGAAAUUGUAUAGUCGGACGUACGAUAAAAGAAUUUAACAGAUGUUUAAAAAUAUCAAGAGCAGAAGAGAUCCAAUGGAAAAAGCAAAACAGCACAUGAAAGUUAAAUUUAGUAAUAUCCUAAGUGAAAAAGAACUAAUAUUUAACUAUGUUAAUGAACUGAUAGCUAAGGUUGAAAAUCCAUUUGUGAACUUACUUGGAGAAGAUGAUCGAGUUAAAUUUCUUAGUGGUUAUCAUGAAGUUAAUCAAGAGCUUGAAGCUUGUCUUGAAAGAUUACUUAUUAUCCAAAUUAUACUUAAUUGCGAGCAGUCAGGAAAAAAUGCAGAAUAUUCUGAUUAUAGUAAUCUCUGUAGCAUAAUUUCUUCAAGUGACUCUUCUAAAAAAGAACAACAAUGUACAUGGAAUCAGAAUAAAGAGAGUAAUAAUAAUAAUAAUGCACCAAAUGGCAUUCUUAAUAAUAGAUUAAAAUCUGUUGCUCUUGAUAAUAUAGAAUUAGUUAAUGCAGAUGAUAAUUCAUCUGAUUUAUUAUUAAAUACAAGAUUACCUGAAGUAACAUCUAAUAAUGUGUCGCCUGAAAUCACCUCAAAAACAACUCCUGAAACUGUAUCUGAGAUGGUAGCUAAUUUAUCAGAACAAAGUGAUGACAGUACAUUAAAUACUUUCUAUCAAAAUCCUGUAUCUUCAGAAUUAUUGUUAACUGAAGAUGUUUCAGAAUUUGAAAAUAGAAAUCAAGGAGAUAUUUCAAAUGGAUACUUGGAAACAAAUAAUUGUUUUGAAUAUGCAUUUAUGGAUAUGAACAUUGCUAAUGAUUCAAAUAAUAUUUUACAGAAGUCUGAUUCACAUAAUUCCAUCAAAUCAAAUGCUUGUAUAAGUACUUCAGGAAAGUUUUCUAUGAACUCUCCUGGUAUAAAUAAUUUAUUUCAAGAUAUUCAAGCUACUGAUUUUAACUUUUUACAUUUAAACAGUGAAAAUUUACAAAAUAAUCAAAAUGGUCAAGAUCUGAAAAAUAUUUUAUAUUCUGAAAAUAUAUCUGAUAAAAGAAAUAAUUGUGAUGUUGAAGAUGAAAAUACUCAGUUAAAUUUCUAUAGUAAAAAGUUUUUAAAGCCUAUUACUGAUGUUCCUGCUUGUGAUGUCUCUCUCAAUGUUCCUCUUCCAAUAGAUAUAACAUAUGUAGAAAAUUUGAGAAGUUUUUGGUUGCAGCCUAAGAAGAAGCAGUUUGAAGAGCUUCUUAAUCAUUUACAAUCUGCUGAAGUUGUCAAAUGUGAAUAUACAGUUAGUGUAGGUCAAUAUUUCCUUGCACCAUAUGUGAAAGAUAAUAAUCUCCAUAGAGUGAAGGUGUUGAAGCUAUUAUUAGAAAAUAACUUAUUAGUUCAUUACAUUGAUUAUGGUAAUGAAGGUACUAUUCCUAUUUCUUCCUUACGACUGUUGCCAUCAUCUUUUGCUAGCAUUCCUUCACAAGCUAUUUUAUGUUUUUUAGAAGGAAGAAAUUAUCGUAAUAUAUCGAAAAUCAUUAAUGUAGUACAGAAGCGAUUGCAAGGAAAAAGUGUUCAAAUUGUUCAAGCUCGAAAAAUCAUUAUGGCCUUUCAACUCAGAGCAGAAGCCGAACCUUUCUUACUUGCAUACAUGGUUGAAGCUGGUUUUAGCCACGUGAACGCAAUUUUGACAAAACAGAGGAACAGAUUGAAAUUGGAAAACUGUGGUGAUUUGCGACUAAAACUUAACAAUUUUCAACCACAUAUCAAUAAUCUUGCUGCUUCUCUUCAGACUCAUCCAUCCCACUAA